AUGAGCAUCCUUAAAGGUGCUUUAGAAAGGCUUUUAGCCGAAGCUCAAUCAUGGAGGCAAAAAGAACUUGAACAAGCUUGUACUACCUCUUUAGAACAACUUCAACAAGAAAUAAAUUAUAUUGCGAAAAAGAAAGCUAUAAAAAAUGGAAAAUUGAAAGCAAAAGUUGAAAAUGAUACUGUCGAUGUUGCUCCUAUAAUAAAUAAUUCUGAAAAUGGGUCAAUAUCAAUUAAUAAUACUAUUAAUAACGUUCCAAAAUCUCAAUCUUCUACUAAUGGAUCUGCUGGUGAAACUAGUCAAAGAGGUGCUGAAAAAGCUGCUGAAAAAGCUGCUGCUGAAAAAGAUUUAAAACCUACUAGUUCUUCACCAAAAAAUUCUCAAAGUUUAUCUUCUCAAGCUAAUUCUCGUUUAUCAAUCUCUAGUAGUUUAUUUGCUCGUGCUGGUGAAGAUUUACCAAAAAUUUUAGCUGAUAAUUAUUGGCAACCUUUUAGAAUUGCUUGUGGUACUUCAAUUCCAACUAGUAUUCGUGUAUUAGCUUUGGAUUGUUUACAAAAAAUUAUUGCUCAUGGUUUACUUAAAGGUUCAAGUCCAAUUAUUCCUCCAAAAAAUAAUGUUACCAAAAAACGUGAUUCAAAAAUUAAACCUUCUUCUUCAACAAAUGGAUUUAGUGAAUCAAAUGAUUUAUCAUUUAUUGAUAUUUCUGAUACUCCUUUUGAUAAUGAUGAUUCAAAUAAUUUUGAUAGUGGAUUUACUGGUCCUCAAACUGAUCAAACUGUUCAACUUCAAAUAUUAAAAGUAUUACUUACUCUUGUUACUACUGAACAAUGUCCUGUUCAUGGUAUUAGUUUACUUAAAAUUAUUCAAACUUGUUGUAAUAUUUAUUGUUACUCAAAAAGUCAAGUAAAUCAAGCAACUGCAAAAGCUGAAUUAACUCAAAUUUCUAAUUUUGUUGUUUCGAGAU